AUGGAGGAAGAGAAGACACAGCACAAUAGACUGUUCUUCAGUCUGACGUAUUUGUGUGCGUAUGAUUAUAUUCCCCUUUUUUCCAUUUAUUACUCCUAGGCUGCGAACUUCUACAAUCCCCUACCAGUUAUCUGUACACGGUUUUACAUUCACGCCACGUUAUACGGUCGCGUUUUCCAUGUACAUAGACGUGCACCCGCAAAAUGGGCAAGCUAUGUAAGGAAAGACUCGGUUGCGGGUAGCAUGUUACGGUACGAAUGCGCAGUUAUACCUGAAGACUUAACCAUGCGAACGCCCUGCUAUUGAGCUUGGCUGUUGGGUAGACUUGAUCAGUUGACUGAACACAUUCAAUUCAUGAUGUGCAGCUGUGGAAUUACAGGGCCGUUAGCGCCCCCCCCCCUCGUUGGUUCACUUCCUAUCGCGAAUCCACCAUCUUAGGUCUCUAGUGGUAAAUUUAAACGAGGCGGAAACACGACCUUCAUCUUUCCGUCUGUCGUUCUACGUUCCAUUUUGCAGCUUCUGUUCUCCCCAUCAAAAUAAUCCCCAACGCUACCUUUCCCCCCACUAUGAGUGGCCAGGAGAGAAAUUUAAGCAUUUCUUCUUUGUAGGUCGUCCUGAAUGUUUAUCCUUCUGAUUAUAAGCCCACUUUCUCCCUAUUCUACCUUAUCUCAGUCUUGAUCUUCUUCUUUAAGUGAUACGACGGAAGUCCCUACUGGCCUGUUUCCUUGGGAACAGCUUCUGGCUGGCUGCUGCGCUUUUCUACAUCUACAUCACCUUUCUCGGCUACAAAGGUGAGCAAAAUCUGACAUUGCGUCUUUGUCUGUGAAGGCAAUCCCCGGCAUCUCAAAUUGGGGCCACCUUGCGUCACACUUAAAUAGGGACUAAUUAGCUCGAAAUGUGCUGAGUUUUUGCAUUCCUAAUUACCGCUACACAUGCGCGAGGCAUGCGCCAGACUGUUACUCACGCCUCGUCAUCCGUGGCUCGUUGUCUCAUCCCCAGUCGCCUCAACUCCGACAGGCCAUUGGGACAUCGAAGAGAGAGGACCAAAGUCGGUAAGAUGUGGUUUGGUAGCCCCACCUGCUGGACACAAUACUGUUGGGGUUGGGGUUAGAGGUUAGUGUUAGCAGUUUGGGUUUAGGAUAAGGGGUUAUAGUUAGUUUCUCUGUGGCACCUCCCACUUCCUGAAAGUCUUCGAUCCCUCAUUGAGGCCCGGCACGUUUCCAGUUCGGGAGGAGGAGGAGGUCGUGUGUGGCACGCUAUAUAGUCUUCUCAACCGCUGCGCCGAUGUCCAUUGCUUUUAUUGGCCUUGUCUAGUCAGCGGAACACGGUAACGAUGGAGGCGAAUGUUGCGUAAAUUCGCUUCACCGUAAUUAUCUUCCUGCACAAGUCACUGAUGCACCAUCCUGUGGACGGUGAUGAACCUCGUCGCUUGCGGUAGUCCAGCUGCCCUGCAUUGAAGCGAUACUGUCUGUUCAUGCGGAGUUUAACUCUGUACCUUCAGCUGCUGUGGCACUCCGCGUUGAAAGUAUCUCCUUAAUGGUCUGAACGCCUUUUUGCUGGUAGGGGCAGGAUCCAGACGCUGCCUUAUGUCCAGAUCGGACCACAUUUCGGGAAAAAUCCUAGCUGUUGGGGUCUUCGACUAAAAAGGCGCUAAUGUUACCACGGGUAAGAUAAUGCAUGAUAGGAUACUUGUCUCCUCUGUCUGUGGCCUCCUGUCCUAUGCUGGUGACCACCGACCCCGACCGAAUUCAUUCGUCAUAAACAACACUGGAGAACCCAGCGUUGAUUAGCGUGGGAUUUCGAUUGUAGCAGGACGAGAUGCUCGCAGCAGCUACCUCACGCUUUCCUCUCUCGAACCGCCAUAGUUCUGGUAGAAGGACACGACUAGAAUGACUGAAAACGGACGUCGAUGCGGCGGCUGACGAGUAUGAGCUCGCAUUCGCGCGUAUCACACACGUGCUGGUCCCUGAUUCUGUGUGAACCACUCUUCACUGGCGUGAGUGCCACGGUAGAGUCAUUGCAACCUGUAGGCAUCCUAAUCACACACCCUCCAUCCCUGGCACACUCCAUUAAAAAUUACGUGAUCACUGCUCUAGGGUAGAUGAGCGUGUGCUCGGCCAAAUGCGGACGCUAUCUCAUCAGGUAAUCAUCCAAUCAAUCACAAAACUAAUGCUCACUGGCGUCCACCUCCCCUGCGCAGAGGCGAUUACUCAGGCGGGGAGCCGGCCGCGCCCCAGGUGUUUUGACCACCGUCCGGCUCCUGUACAGAAUAAACGCCUCUUAUUGGUGCUGCUCUCCUUCUAAAUACGACUGAGCCCCGGGAUUAUCGCGGUUAGGCUAUUGCCAUUAUCCUUGCCGCAACGAACGUGAGGACCAGGUCACCCCGCCGGGUGGCAACCUGACAUUUCACGAUAGGGGACACCUCGUAAUUGCUUAAAAGUGCGUUUAGUUGUUUUUUUUUUGUGACGAAACGUAGUUCCUAUCAGCUCCGCUGUCUCUUCCUCCCCAGCGGUAGGCCCACGUUAAGCCAUGCUGGAGGUGUGAUUGGAAGUACUGGCUGAUAUGGCGUGAAGUCUACAUCUAAAUCGCGACUUCGGACACUUAAUACAUUUGCGGUCACUAACGACGGGGACAAACUGUAUUCAUUUUAUUGCUAUUUAAUGUUUUAUCUCCUUCCAGCUUUGCUACCCAUGUAGGCAUUCAAGAAGUCAAAGUCAUCAAACGCAAAUUUCCGGUUAUUAAUUAUCGAACCUUUACUAUAAUAUACGUUACGAUAUAGCUGCGAAGGAUGAAAAACCACCGACGAACAGGGGAUGGGGAAAAGGGUUGAGGGAUGUGUGGACAUGCCAAACAAGGAGGAGGGGUAAAUUAGACUAGUUCUGGGGUCAGGGGACAGGGAAGGCGUCAGUGGGACGAGCCUGCAGGAUGCGGGCGAGAACGCGUGAGGCCCACCUUGAGACCGGAUCGAUAAGCGUAUCAUCUCCGCCUCAGCUGUUACAAGACUCCAUCGGCGUAGGAAUUUGAAGUAUUCUACUGGUACCUAGUAAAUGAGUCGAAAGGCUUGACCGACGUCUGCUCAAUGGCCUCCGUCAACCAGGUGAGCCACGAUGGCGCUGAAGGUGAACUUUACUACGCCUUCUCUGGAUCAGUUUGAACGGUGCUCUCUCAUCCACUCUUUAUGUACGUCAAGUCGCUCAACCACUAUUACCUGCCUUACAGGAACGAGUGAAGGCGUAAAUAUACGGUAGAUAUGCCAUGCCGUGAAAUGUUAACUGAAAUUCUGAAAUAUGAUCUCGAUCUCAAAAUAUUACUUUAGUAGGGUUGCAAUAUUAAUUACCAUGCAGCAUAAUCCUAAAAUAUUUUAGUAACGCUAGGAUGCCAGUUUUUGGAUGACCUUCUUUUCGGCUGUGUGCAAAGACUACAAUCUGUAAAAAUUAUUACUUAGGCGGUAUGGACUUUUCCUAUUGAUUUUCGAUGCCCUUGUAAAUCCAGGUACGUUGUGUACGUCCAUAGUUUCGCAAACUUGACCCCGGACAAACCGUUAGUCGAAGUAUUAUCAUUAGGCCAUAAAAUCAGUUUCUUACUCAAAAACCGACUGGACGGAUGACAGAAAGACAGUUUGAGAAUCUGUUGGGCCAGAGGGAAAACCUGGUACCCGCAAUGUCAGUUGAGGCUGGGUAUUUCAAGUCCACUUCUUGAUCUGGGCCCAGAUGGCCAUUCAUCCACGGGCUCGUCGUGGAAGUGUCCUUAGGUCAGGAUGCAUGACAGAGACCUCGAUGUGGGGGGUGCCACUUGCGAUGCUGUUCAAGCACAAGGUGGGAAGAAGUAUUUAUAGGGGGAUUCGGUUACAUCAGGCGGACACUGCAUACAGGACUGUCAAGUCUAUUUGGAUUUCCGACUGAUUUAAGAGCCGUCAGUUUUUGAACCCACUCGUUUAACAGAUAAGGCUUUGCAUUUCCCUUGUCUGUUCCCAGUCUGCAUCCAAACAUCUAUCCCUCUACCCCCCACUCCUAGCCCUACCCUUUCUGAAGAACACGCGGGCCCUCCUUCUCACCGGCACUGUUUUCAUCCUCCUCUAUGUGAUCUCGGUGACGCUGAACUGGAAUCUGACCGCUGGCCUCUACCAUUUCUAUGCGACCAUAUAG